UGCUUUCUACCCUGUGCCCGUCCUUAUUGUCGUCCUUGUCCCCUUUGUCACCCUCCCCCUAAACCUCCCCCUCGUCCCAAUUCCUCAUCCCUACUUGGCUCCCGGCAGCCCGCCGGGGGCUUCUUGCACUCCUGCUGCUGGGAGCUCCAAGCAGGGCCAUGCCGUGGCUUCUGAGCAAGGAGCGGCGGCAGUCGCCCUCCAGCAGCAGCAGUGGGCAGCCCUGGGCUGCCACCAGCUCCAGCAGCGCCUCCCAGCUCCGGGAGCAGGGGCUGGGCAGGCUGCACCGCGCGGCCGCCCGCGGUGACCUGGGCUGGCUGAGGCGGUGGCGCUGGUACAUCAAGGUAGUCGGCAUCGACAGGCGAGACCAGGAGAUGCGGACACCUCUGCAUCUGGCUUCGGCCAAUGGCCAUGCAGAUGUCGUGAGAUAUCUGCUAAGAAAGAACAGCCAGCCCAACCUCGCUGACAGCUUCAAGAGAACGGCCCUGAUGAAGGCAGUCCAGCAGGAGCAGGAAGAAUGUGUUGCUGUUCUGCUGGAACACGGUGCCGACCCCAAUCUGGCAGACGCGGACGGCAACACUGCCCUUCACCUGGCUGUCCUCUCUAAAAAUACAGCUGUAGCAGGGCUGUUACUGGAGCAUCAUGCCAAGAAUGAUGCUCAGAACCAGUGGGGAUUUACCCCCUUGAAACUUGCAGCCUUGCAACAGCAUGAGGAGAUUGUGGAGUGCCUUGUGAGCAAAGCAGCUGACAGGCACGCUCAAGGCCAGGGGGAAAGGACUGCUCUUGUGGUUCCUGGAAGCCAUGAGGCUCACCUGGAGGAAGAUAAUCUGCGCUUCCAGGAGGAGUUGGACAGGGCUGACGCGGAGCUGCGGGAGGAGGAAGAAAAGCAUCUUCAGUCUGAGCAUCGCGUUUGUGACUUGAAGACUGCCUUGGAUGACAAGGGAAGAGAAGCAAUAACAUCUUCCCAGAAACUGCAGGACCUCCCGUUGGCAUCUUGCGAGACUAACAUGACUGUAAAACAACUGGAAGAAGAGGCGCAAGACUUUGCAAGUGAAAAGAGCAGAUUGGAAGGCACUGUCCAGCAGCCAAGCGAUGGCGUUGAAGCCCUUCCGAGAGCCCUGCAAGCCUCUGCCUCAGGUGGUGAACUUUCCCAGCAGCUGGACAUGGAGCCUAGAAGAGGCAUGCUGCUCGAGGCUCAAAAGCAGGCUUUGCAAGGAGAGCUGUCCAGUCUGCGUGGGAAGUGUGAAAACCUGGAGAAGAGCAAAUGUCAGCUGCAAGAAGAGGUGGCAGAACUCGCUCAUCAUUUGGAGACUUUGGUGCUGGAUGGCAGCCAAAGAGAAGAAUGUAGAAGAGACGUGGAGGAACGAGCUGACCAGGAAAGAAGUCAAAAGCUACAAGACGUCAGCCUCGUUUUGCAAGCACAGGCCCGAUUAGGACAAAUCAGAGACAGUCAUUGUGAUUCCGUGAGAAUCCAGUUGGAAGACAGAAUUAGAGGCCUCGAAAGUGAAUUGGACAGGGUAAAAAGAACCCAACAAGAGAGUGCUUCUCGUAAAGAAGCAACGCAGGCAGAAAUGACGAUGUACAAAGACCUGUAUCUGGAGGAAGUGAAAACCAGAAGAUGCCUAGCCAAGAAAGUGGAAAGGUUGGAAAAGCUUCUGAGGCUAGAGAGGAGGAAAGUCAGGCUUAAUGAAGAGAAAGAAAGCCAGCCCCAGCUGGAGGAAAUGAAGAAGAGUUAUUCUGAAAAGGUCAAGGAAGUUGACAGAUUACGAAGAGAGGUUGCUGAACUUUCCCAGCAGCUGGACAGGGAAUGUCAAAAGUGCACGCAGCUGGAAGCCAAAAAUCAAGAUUUGCAAGACGAACUGUCUACCCUGCGUGGGAAGUGCGAGAACCUGGAGAUGGACAAAUGCCAGCUGCAAGAAGAGCUGGCAAAACUCCGGCAUCAUUUGGAGACUGACUUGGUGGAUCGCAGCCAACUCGAACAAUGGAAAAAAGAGGUGGAAGAGCAAGCCGACCGGGAACUCAGACAAAAACUCCAGGAAGUCAAUGAGUUUUUGCAAGCACAGGCAGCCCACCAGGACACAUUAGAAAAAAUCCGAAGCAGUCAUCUGGACUCCCUGAAAAACCAGUUAGAAGAGAGAAUUAGAGAUCUUGACCGUGCACUGGGAAGGAUAAGAAGCAACCAAGCAGAAAGACCUUUUCAAAAAGAAUCCACCCAGGCAGAAGUGGAAAAGUAUAAAGAACUGUAUGUGGUGGAAGCAAAAAGCAGAAAAAGCCUAGCCAAGAGACUGGAAAGAGCUAAUGAGAGACUUGCAGAGGCCAACACCAAGCUCUUUUUGGAGCGCCACAGAAGCAGAUCUGCAGUCCCAAGCAGCGCCGUCAUCGGACACCUGGCUGCAAAUCCACUUCUGGAUUCAACUGGCCUGGGACGUCUUGGCACCGGUUUGGGACCGAGCAGAAGCCUGGGUCUCAGGCAUCUGUGGUAAAGUGGAAGACUUCUGGUCAUCAGGUUGCUGAACUUUCCCGGCAGCUGGAGAGGGAAUGUCAAAAGCGCACGCAGCUGGAAGCCACAAGUCAGGGUUUGCAAGACGAGCUGUCUAGCCUGCGUGGGAAGUGGGAAAACCUGGAGAAGAGCAAAUGCCAACUGCAAGAAGAGCUGGCAAAGCUCCAGCCUCAUUUGGAGACCAGUGUGGUGGAUGGCAGCCAGAUCAUGGCUAGGCUUGGCCAACGAAGAUUUGGAAGGGCUCUCCCCACAUUUGCUACAAGCGCGCUGGUGGCUAAAGAGGCCAAUGCGAGACAGUCAAGAUGGGUUGCAAAAGGCACAGCAGAAAGACUCCUUGGAUGGGAUCGGCAAGACACGAUUCUUUCUGCGUUGUCUUCUCUCUUCGAUGGUGAUCCUGCGUGCGUUCUCAAAGGAAGCAGCAGCGUUAGAGACAGUGUGUCUGCAGACCUCUCGAUUGGAGGCCAGAGUAGACCAGCGCUGGAGACCAAUGUGGCCAAGGCUGAGAUGUUGCUUCAGGGAGUCCUCGUGGCUCCUUUUGCGGGCUCCUCUCUUGCAGCAGCCAGUGGCAAGUUUGCCAUAGAUCACGAUCUUAGGGAGGCGGUAGUCCUCCAUCCUGGAGACGUGCCCUGCCCAACGCAGCCGUGUUCUCAGCAACAUGGCCUCAGUGCUGGUAAUUGCUGCCUGUUGUAGAACAGACGUAUUAGUUCCGUAAUCUGAGCAGCGGAUGUUUAGGAUU